UCGGGGGCGAUUCUCCACUUGCGCAGGCAGAUCUCAACUCAGUCUGCUUUGUGGGAUAGGCGCAAGCACUUAUAACGACCGGGCGCGAAUAAGUACGAGUGGGUUUCGCUUCGUGGACCGUGGGAACCGCUGGUGACAGAAAAUGAAAUAAAGAAACAAACAGACGUGUGUAGAAGGAGGAAACCGAACGGCGAACUGGGAUAGGCCUCGGAGAAGUCAAUGCGCGUCCGCUCCGUACGUUCGAAUUGUCGUGCAAUAUAGCUGCAUAAUCUGAUCUUUACAGAGUCUAUUUUUUGAAUAAGCCUUCACACUUCGGGACACAGCACAGACAGAAGGAAUUUUGAAGAUGUUCCGUAACUAUACGUGAAAAUGUGAUUUAAAAAUAAAACGGAUGUGAAGACGACUGAAAGUGGAUCUAUACCAUCUCGAAAUUGCUGCCGACUAAUAUCACCGCGUAGCGACGAAAGCUGUCAUUAUCUGCGACCGUGUCACGAAACGUGUUGAAAUCAGAAUCUUGCAUGGUGUCGUGUCCGCUUAUCAAUCUAGCGUAGAUAAAAGUGUAUUUCGAGCCAGCUAUAGCGGAAUUGUGAAGUGUAUAGAGUAGUAUAAAGUGCAUCACACAAGAGAUAUGAAAUGAUGCCACUUGCGCGUAUAUGAAAAUAUCAGAAAAUGCAGUAGAACCGUUCGAAGAUGAGAAAGCGUCGAAAAAAAUUGUUAAGAAAAUGUGAGCUCGACUGGGGGUCAGCCGAGAUGUGUAUUGAGUUGAUUUAGAAAAUUUAAUAACGUCAAUUAGUGUGGUGGUGACCGACUGUGAACUAACGACCUAUCAACAACUGAGUGAGAAUCGACUGCGUAUCUCUUCGGAAAAGUGUAUGGAUAGAGCUGAGAAGGAUGUUUUGCUAGUUGGGACAUGUGAUUAAAUCGAUUCAAUGUGUUGGCGAUGCAGCGCAAUUUGAAGAAUAUAACUUAAAAGGUUUAAUACACUGUGAGUCAUUCGAGUGGAUGAAAUGUACCCUGCCAGUAUGGGAUCGACAAAGUUUCAACUCAUCUUCACCGCCAUUCUUGUGUACCAAAUUAACAGUAUUGAUACAAGAGAACACGCUGAGCAGCAUCCAGCUGUUUUUCGUCGCACUGAUGAUGGCGGCCAUGAGGGAACAACUGCCACUCCCAGUGACGCGAAUCAUUCACAUGCUGGAGAAGCCGGCAGAAGCGCCGUCCGUUCGGAAACUAUGGGUUUCGGUAAACAAGGUGCCAAGAAUAGUUUCACCGGUAAUGAGUCAGCCAACUUCUGGCCAAGGCCUAAGCGAUCGAUUGGCGGAAGCACUGGACAAACUGGAUCUCAGAGUUUAUGCAACAUGGAGGGUUGUAGCUGCCUGAAUCAGCCAAUCCUGGCCAUCGAUUGCGAAGUGCAUGACAGAGAGUUGGUGCUAUCCGGGCCAGUAUUACAUUCCCAAGGAGGCUAAAAGUCUCAAUCUGCAGCUAGUGCAGCGCCACGCACGACUACUGGUCCACACGAAACAGUUCGACAGCAGCUUGUUGAACCGGGUGCUUAUCCAGGGCAAUUUCGCUGGAAACGAUGGCCGCGAGCAUGUGGAGUUUCUCGAUGAAGCGUUCUGUCGAAAUAAUGGCACCUAUCCGCAGCUGGAAGUGUACAACAUCCACACGGUUGUGUUCCACAAGCAUACGUUCUGUCAAGAAUUUGAGCUCAAUGUAACGAGAGCUAGAGAGGUGAUCAUCAUGCCCGAGGCAUUUUCCGUGACAGAGAGUGCGAUUCGUUUCAAUGGCGUAAAGGACAUCCGAAUACAAGAGGAUGCUUUCAGAAAUUCGAUUUCAACAAUGAUCGACAUUGUUAAUAGUGCAAUCAAAACCCUGUUUGAGCUGAGGGCGUCGUUCCGGCAGAUAAAGUUCACAAACAGCACCAUCGACGAGAUCUCAGCUAAAGCGUUUGAUGUGAACAAAAUUGAUUCUUUGAUAUUUGAAAACUGCAGGAUAGACACGCUGAAGUCGCAGGCAAUCACAGAAAAGCUGUUUUGCAAAUCUUUCACCAUGACCAACUGCAAGAUCAGGAAGAUCGAGAGAAGCUUCAUAGCCGACAGUGGAAUGAUGAAUUUCACCAUGCAAAAUAACGUAAUUGAUGAAAUCGCUGCCGAUGCCAUCAAAUUUACGGGAAUUUCGAGCAAAAUCAUCAACAACGUGAUCAAGAUGACGGGAAAGAAUUGGUUCUUCCAAAAGCAAGACUGGACGAGUGUGGAAUUUCUAAACAACUCGUUCGGAGAGUUCAACUACUUUACACUGGAGAGAACGUCAUCCCCAGAGGUUUGCAAAUUCCAAGGAAAUUCCGUUACGUAUCCGGCCAUCCGCAGUUUUAGCUUCUUCCAGCACAAGGAGUGCUCUCUGAGUGAAAUUUCGUUCAACAAACUGUGCAACUGCGACGAGCAUUGGUUGAAAGAGCUGUAUUUCCAGGAUUAUGACAAACUACUCAAGGAGAGCUAUUGUAGGAUAGAUGAAACGUUGAAAUACUGUUUCAACGCCUCCACAUUCAAUGUGAAAGUGUACAUGAAACAGGUCUGUGAUGAAACAACACGAACAAUCGAUUGCUCGCGCAGUCAAAAGGAGAAGAAAGUGGAACCACAUUUUGUGAGCCCGGAUGAAAUCGAGACACUGCACUACAACGAUUACUAUUACUACGUUAUCAGUGGCGUGGCUGUUAUAGUUUUGCUAGUGAUAAUAAUUCUGUCAAUAGUUUUCUACAAAGUUUGCAGUAGAAGACGAUCGGAUGAGUCCGGAGACGUGAUAUCGAACGCCUCUUUCACCAUGACACAUAAGCCAUCGAAGGCAUUUUCUAAGGAUGACAAAAAGAUUAUCAAUCAAACGCUGGAAACAAUCAAGGAAAAGCAAUCGGCAGAAAUGUAUGAGGCCAUUUUCAUUCACACGAAGAAACUUUUGGAUGGUAAUUUCACCGAGACUGAGAAGGUGCUGACGAUUGGCGAAAUCGUUCGGCGGUUGAACGAAUGCGAGAACAGCGGCGAUGAUUUUGUUGCAUUUACCGAUAUACUGUACCGUCAUCUAGCGCCGAGCAAUAGUCCCACACCGCACGAAACCAUUUACGCUGAACCGUCAGCCCCGCAGGAAGGUACAACCAUUAUUCAGGGAGCGGGAUCGCCCGACCACAUUUAUGCCGAGUUGACCAGUGCGGCGCAACCCCUACUCAUCAAUGAAUACUCCGCACCGAUGGAUUUGAGUGAUUCCCAUUAUUCGGAGCCGGUGCAGAUUGUUGCUAAAGACAACGCCCGAACGCUCAUAACUCCGUAUGCCAUAGGAAACAACAUUGGUGAAAGCAUGAUGCACCAGCAACCGGGACCUUCACGCAAUCUGCCCGAUAUUCUCAACUCAAACAGCGGCAGCAGCAAUAGCAGCACUGCUGGUGCCUCUCAACCAAAUGCCAUAGCCGUAUCGGAACCGCUCCGGUACAUGGACCGAUCGCCAACGAGCAGUAGGGAAAUACCCGAGUACACGCUGCCAGUGAAGAAAGUUCCACCGCCAAAGCCUGCCCUCCGCCGGGAGCCAACAGUAGAGUCCGACAACGGCUCAUCGACGUCCAAUUCCGACCACUCUGAGCACUCGGGUGGCAGUGAUAUUACCGUUAAAAUAGAUGAUAUCGUUGAGUUCGCGGACGCGUAGCAGUUAUAAGCAAGCAGAGUUCAAGUCCAAUGUUAUUUUUUAUCAAUACGAAACGUCCAAAAAUUGUCUAAUUUUGUGUGUCCGGAAGUAGUAAGUUCUCGAAAGGUGAUAUUAAUUUAGUACAGAAUGUAUUUUAUAGUAUGACGAUAAGCAUAACAACAAGUCAAGUGGUUUAGUAAGUUAUCGAGUUAGUGGAAAGCGGUGUAAGUAUUAGGAAAUAUUCUACUAAUAAAAGACUUCGUACUAGA